AUGCGUUGGCUAUUCAUAGGUUCUGCCGCUCUUUUUCUAUUUCUCCCAUCCUCGGCUUUAUUUCACGAAACUGUUGAGCACGGCCAUUGGAAUGAACUCCGAGGGCUCACCCCCAACACUACGCAUCAUGCCUCGCAUCCAAAGAAGGCAAGUCCUCCUCUUGUCAUCGACACGUUCAAAGAUUCAAGGCACAACGAUCUGGGAUUCUGGCACGGCUCCGGCGAGAAUCUAUCCGUGCAACAUGGACCGGGCUUCAUUCGUCUAGUACCAACAGACCCGGACCAGAACUUCCACACACAGUUCGAUAGCAAUGUCUGCUACAGCCUGACACCCUGGCACAAUGAGUACUUGCAUGUUAUCUUUGAAGGCACGGAUCAGUACAGUAUCUCUUUUAACCAACACAAUGAUGAAUGCAAUCCGAAACGCAGUCCCUUCCCCGGCAUUUCAGACUCCGUCCAGGCGGAGCGGUAUGUAGUUCAUCCUGCCACUGAGACCUAUGGCGAGGAUGACGAUUGGGACGACGACGGUGAAGACGACGAUGAUGACGAAGAUAAUAUAGAUGCGGAUGCUUGGAAAAAGAAGCACAAGCAUAGAAAGUCCAGGGGCGGUCGACGCAAGCACCCUAAAGGCAAAACCCAUGACGAACUUCCAAAUGGACAUCGUGAGCUCUACAUCCCUCUGUCUCAUUUCAAUAUCGAUUUCAACCGCGUCGUGUCAGUUUCGUUCCAUGGAUUUUAUACCAGAGAAGCUAUUACUCUGCAUCGUGUGGAGAUCGUGCCUGAUGUUCCAACGCCGUCGCAGGAAAACAAUCACUAUCGCUUGCCUGGCAAGCUGCCCACUGGGAGAUUGGUGCUUCGUUGUUCCCGGCCGAAUUCCUUUGCGUUUGGCAUCGAUGAUGGACAGCCGCAGUUCUCGCAGCGGAUCAUGCGCAUCCUUGAUGAAGAAGAUGUUCGGGUCACUUUCUUCGUUGUCGGGGCUGGACUCCGAGAUCGGUCGAGCAAUUUCACGGAGUUCUAUAAGGAAAUGUUGAAGAAGGGACACCAAGUGGCGCUUCAUUCAAACACCCAUCCAAAGAUGGAAUCAUUGAGAACCCUCCGUGAGAUUGACGAUGAGAUUCUUCAAGCGGUGCAAAUCUUCAAAGACCAGCUAAAUAUUCAGUCUUCAUACUUCCGCCCGCCAUUCGGUACGGUAGGUGCCCGGCUGCGCCAGGAGCUCGCUCGACACAUACCCAACCCGUACAUUGUGAACUGGAGCGUCGAUGUCGAAGACUGGCUAUGGGCAAACACUUCGACUCCAGAGAAGCAGCUUGAAGCCUUCUUCCGCGGCGUGGACAGGGGCGGGAAUCUUGCCGUCAUGCACUACCUGAACCCGACUACCAUUGGAUACCUACCAGAGUUCAUUCGACAUGUCAAGAACGCCGGAUACCGCAUUAUGCGAAUCGAUCAGUGUUUGGAGGAUGUGUCCGCUCCACCUCUGUGA